UAAAGCUUUUUAUUGAAUUUCACAGUAUCUGCUAUAUUUAACAUAUAUCUGCUCUAUUUAUGUUCUAUACUGUAAUAGACAUUGAGCUGUAAAAUGAUACCUGAUUAUCAAAAAUCAUGUUUUGAAUGAUCUCACUAGUGUUUAAGACUAUGUUGUAUAGUGUGUGUAUUUUUGAGGGCUUGUGUGUCAUGUCUGAAAAACAAAAUUUGGUUUUUCAGCAAGAUUGAAUGGUUUGGAGUGGAGAGCUUCAUUUUAUAAUUUGUUUUCCUGUAACUAAAUGCUCUGGAUGCCAUGUUCUCCAUUUUUUGAGUGUCUAAUGAAUGAUCUGAUGUGUCCAUGAUCUGAAAAUAUUAUUUGAUAUUGAGUAGAUGAAAUAGCUUGGAGGCAAUUGUUUAAUUUUGUCAGAAGAGUCAGGUUUUGUGAAUGAAGAUUGAAGAUUUGAUUUUGUGUUUAAUGUUGAGUGAAGGUUUCAAGAAUUGUGUCUAAGCAAUUGUGAAAAACUGUAAGGAUUUUUCUUUCUUUCCCAAUUGCCCUGGUCUUGAUGCAGUAAGGACUUACCCUGGGUCUUUUUUUAUUCAGUUCAUUCUGGAGCCAGCUAAACCACCUGUUACAAUCAACACAUCAACGCAGAAAUUUCAUCCGUAAGGAUCUUUGACAUGCUGCAGUUAAAACCCAAACCCCCCUGACUGUCCCCAAACCCCAUCCUGUUAUUAAACUAUUUGGCACGUUUUACAUUAGCUGCUCAGAUCUUGAAUGAACCUGGGAAAUUUAGCAUAUGUCAAAACAACUCAUGUAGAGUUUACAGCCAGAUCAUCCUGGGCUUAUUCACUCAGAAUCAGCUCUAUUUAGCCUCUGAGUAAAUGGCUGGGCAAAUAGUGCACAUGAAUGAGCCCUUGUUGGCCGUCUUAUGCAUCUGCCUCAACAGGCCUCUGGAGGCAAGCGUGUCUGACAGUGAUGCCCAUGCACAUAUGUGAGAAGCUGUCUUUAGUUACCAAGUUUAUUUUUAGCCCGUUAACGGCCUCAAUUUAACUCUCGGGAAUGCUAUAAGGGCACAAGGCUUUUCCUCCUCCUCCUCCCGUCACUCUCUCUCCUCUGAGAGGAGAUAACAGCUUCUCCUUCAUUCUUCCUCAACGCUUUGAAGCAAUGAACGAUAGUCCCUUGCAAGUGCUGACAUUGCCUACUUCUCCAUACCCUGACCAGAGGCCUGGAACCAGCGGCCUAAGGAAGAAGGUCCAUGUUUUCCAGUCUAAAAAGAACUACCUGCACAACUUCAUUCAGUGCAUCUUCUCCUCCAUCGACCUGCGGGACAGGCAGGGCUCCACUAUGGUGGUGGGUGGAGAUGGACGCUACUUCAAUUCAACUGCCAUUCAGGUCAUAGUACAGAUGGCUGCUGCUAAUGGGGUGGGUCGUGUUGUGAUUGGUCAGAAUGGCAUCAUGUCGACACCGGCUGUGUCUUGUCUGAUAAGGAAGAUCAAAGCCAUUGGAGGGAUUAUUCUUACAGCCAGUCACAACCCUGGAGGACCUGACGGAGACUUCGGCAUCAAAUUUAAUACUGCCAAUGGAGGUCCAGCACCAGAGGCGGUCACAAGCAAAAUCUUCCAAAUGAGCAGAAUCAUAGAGGAGUACGCCAUCUGUCCUGAACUCAGAGUCGAUCUGGGGACUAUUGGCAAGCAAUCCUUCGACCUGGAGAACAAAUUCAAACCUUUUACAGUAGAAAUUGUGGACCCAGUUGAAUCCUAUGCCAACUCUCUGAGAAACAUCUUCGAUUUUGCUGUUCUGAAGGAGUUGCUAUCAGGAGACAACCACAUACAAAUCCGUUUAGAUGGCAUGCAUGGAGUGAUUGGGCCGUAUGUGAAGAAGAUCCUAUGUGAGGAACUGGGCUCCCCUGCAAAUUCAGCCAUUAACUGUGUACCUCUGGAGAACUUUGGAGGUUGCCACCCAGACCCCAACUUGACCUAUGCCGCUGACCUUGUUGAGACAAUGAAGAGUGGACAGUAUGACUUCGGAGCAGCUUUUGAUGGUGACGGUGACCGUAAUAUGAUCCUUGGGAAGCACGGCUUCUUUGUUACCCCCUCCGACUCAGUUGCCAUCAUUGCUGCAAACAUCUUCUGCAUUCCUUACUUCCAGCACACAGGAGUAAGAGGCUUUGCUAGGAGUAUGCCCACCAGUGCAGCUCUAGACAUGGUGGCCAGGGCCACCAAGAUCCAAUUAUAUGAAACUGCAACCGGAUGGAAGUUUUUUGGGAGCUUGAUGGACGCAGGUCGUCUCUCACUGUGUGGGGAGGAAAGUUUUGGCACAGGUUCAGAUUAUAUCCGGGAGAAGGACGGGCUUUGGGCAGUGCUAGCAUGGCUGUCCAUCCUAGCGGUGAGGAGGCAAAGUGUAGAAGACAUUAUGACAGACCACUGGAGAACCUAUGGGAGGAACUACUACACCAGAUUUGAUUAUGAGGAGGUGGAUUUAGAUGCAGCUGUGGAGAUGAUGUUGGAUCUUGAGCUGAUGGUUUCAGACAAGACAUUCAUUGGGCAAGUGUUUACUGUGGGGGAAAAGAAAUACCAAGUGGAGGCAGCAGAAAAUUUUGAGUACAGCGACCCUGUGGAUGGAACCAUUUCAAGAAAUCAGGGUCUGCGGAUCCUUUUUAAAGGAGGUUCUCGCAUAAUCUUUCGUCUUAGUGGGACCGAUAGUUUCGGAGCCACAGUUCGUCUGUAUAUCGACAGUUAUGAGAAAGAUAUAAACAAGCUCUUUCAGGACCCACAGGUGGCGCUGGCGGAGCUCGUCACCAUUGCCCUGCAGCUUUCACAGAUACAUGAAAGAACCGGGCGAAGAGGCCCUUCUGUUAUUACAUGAUUACUUUUAAUGUCCUUAUUACAUUUUCGUUUUUUUUUUUUCUUUCUAAACAUUGCAUUCAGCGAACAAUAUAAUUGCAACAUGUUCCCGUCUUAUCAGAAGGAGAGACAAAGUGUACUUUAGUUCUUCUUCUGCUUCUUGCUGUCACCUUUGCUUUGCUUAUGAAUAUUAAUUACGUCACUUGACGCUCCAGGAAGGUUACCGAGCAACGUGGCCAUAACCUAAUAAAUAUUCGUGAGCUAACCAACGACAUGAUGGACUCAUAAACAAGCUCUGAUGUCAAGUAAUAAUGUAAUAUCCUGGCUGAAAUAAUUGUGAAAUGAGACGCGGCUGUCACACAGGUAGGCUAACUUCUGAAACGGAUAUAGUUUAAGGAAAAUGAUGGCUUCUAUAAAACAGAAAAAUGUGCUAUUCCAGCACUAGUUUGAGUGGCAUGAUUCUUUCAUUACGGGUUUUGAUGUAAAGUCCUUAAAAAAAGUUGGGUAAAACUACUUAAAUUAGACCUUGCUGUAAAAUUGUUAUAUAAAUAUGAAACUGAAUGUCUUGUGUAAAAUGGUUGUCCAUCUGUCUCAUUUGUUUUAUGCUGUAGAUUCAGUAAAUUCUGAAUAAAUAUCUCGUUCACCCGGA